AUGCACCAGGCCCUCCUUGAUGCUGAGUUUAAGGCAAAUACUGCCAAGAUGUUCAGGGAGGAAAUGGCUGAAGGGUCACAGAAGACAUUUGAGCAGAAGGUGAUGGCAGCAAGGGUGCACUUUGCCUUCAGGUGCAAGAAGGUAAAAAAUGGCCUGCUCAACAGCCUCCUCCUAGCCUGGAUGAGCAUCAAAGAGGGGGGGCAAAUUCUCAAGGUAAUCAUGAAGAAAUACAGUCCCCAAAUGGCCGUCUUCUUGAUUUGGAUUGGUAUCAGCUGGGCUGCCUUGCAGCUGAACUUGAACAUCCUGCACCCCUCAACAUUCUUCCCCUCCUCCUUCCCCAGCUCACAGGCAUAG